AUGGCCGGAGAGCGGACCCGCAGGUUCACGCGCAGCCUACUGAGACCUGGCGGGGCGGCCGAGCUCCGGCACAGCGCCGCGUCGGCCGCAGCCCUGACUGUCAGCAGCCAGCAGCACCAGCAGCGGCAAGAGAAACCCAGACUUCUGGAGCCUUUGGAUUAUGAAACAGUCAUAGAAGAGCUUGAGAAAACUUACUGGAAUGAUCCUCUUAGAGAUCUCAUUUUCUUCCCCAAUGAUGACUUCUCAACAGCUACAAUUUCUUGGGAUAUCCAAACGCUGUAUUCAACUGUACCAGAAGAUGCUGAACACAAAGCCGAAAACUUAUUCGUGAAAGAGGCUUGCAAAUUUUACAGUUCUCAGUGGUAUGUGGUGAACUACAAAUAUGAAAAAUAUUCUGGAGACAUUCGACAUUUGCCACAAGCAGAAUUCAGACCAGAGAAACUACCUUCUCAUUCCUUUGAAGUUGACCAUGAAGAUGCUGAUAAGGAUGAAGACACCACAUCCCACUCAUCUUCCAAGGGAGGUGGAGGAACAGGAGGACCAGGAGUCUUCAAGUCUGGCUGGCUUUACAAGGGGAAUUUUAACAGCACUGUCAACAAUAGCAUCACCGUCCGGUCCUUCAAAAAACGCUAUUUUCAGCUGACUCAGUUGCCAGAUAAUUCCUACAUUAUGAACUUCUACAAAGAUGAGAAAAUAUCCAAAGAACCCAAAGGCUGCAUCUUUUUGGAUUCUUGUACGGGUGUCGUGCAGAAUAACAGACUUAGAAAAUACGCCUUUGAAUUGAAAAUGAAUGACCUGACAUAUUUUGUGCUGGCGGCUGAAACAGAGCUGGAUAUGGAUGAAUGGAUUCACACUCUCAACAAAAUCCUCCAAAUAAAUCCUGAGGGGCCCCUUCAGGAAAGGAAGAGUGCAGACCUCACAGAUCUCAGGCUGGAUUCUCUGGAAAAUUCUAUGACUUGUGAAUGCACAUCAGAGGAAACGGACUCUUCAGAGAACAACUUGCAUCCAGAAUUUGCAAAAUACCUCACAGAAACAGAAGAAACUGUUAAAAUGUCACGAAACAUGGAGAGACUAAAUCUGUUUUCCCUGGAUCCAGACAUAGAUGCCUUAAAACUUCAGAAAAAGGAUCCUUCAGAUAUGGAGUCUAUGAUCAGGCCAUUUGAAGAAAAGACAGCCAAGAGAUUUAUGACUGUUUGUAAAUCUCUCAAUUUAAACCUUCAGGCAUGUGUCACUGAGAAUGAAAAUGAUCCAUUGACUAAUAUUGAACCUUUUUUUGUGAGCCUGGCCCUUUAUGAUACCAGAGACUACAGAAAGAUUUCUGCAGAUUUUCAUGUGGAUCUGAACCAUACACUUGUUAGACAAAUGGUUUCAGGUGCUUCAGUGGCCUUAGAAAAUGGCAACAUUGAUACAGUCAGCCCCAGACACUCAGAAGAACCUCAUGUGAAGGGGUUUCCUGAAGAAUGGCUAAAGUACCCAAAGCAGGCUAUUUUUUCUGUAAGUAACCCACACUCUGACAUUGUUUUGGUGGCCAAGAUUGAAAAAGUGCUUAUGGGAAAUAUCGCCAGUGGUGCUGAACCUUAUAUUAAAAAUCCAGACUCCAACAAGUAUGUACAGAAGAUAUUAAAGUCAAACAGGCAGUUCUGCAGCAAGCUGGGGAAAUAUCGCAUGCCAUUUGCUUGGGCAGUGAGAUCAGUAUUUAAGGACAACCAGGGGAAUGUGGAUAGAGACUCAAGAUUUUCUCCAUUGUAUAAGCAAGAGAGUAGCAAGAUUUCCACGGAAGACCUGAUUAAACUGGUGUCAGAUUACAGGAGGGCUGACAAGAUAAGCAAAACGCAGACCAUCCCUGGGAACCUGGAUGUUGUAGUUGAAAAUGUUCCUUUGGAGCAUCCAAAUUGUGUGACCUCGUCCUUUAUCCCCAUGAAGCCCUUUGAUAUGAUGGUUCAACAGGAGCCAACAGUAGAGGUGGAAGAAUUCGUUUAUGAUUCAACAAAGUAUUCCCGGCCUUAUCGGGUGUAUAAAAACCAAAUUUAUGUCUAUCCGAAGCACCUCAAGUAUGAUGGGCAGAAAUGUUUCAACAAGGCACGAAAUAUAACUGUGUGCAUUGAAUUCAGAAACUCGGAUGAAGAAGGUGCCAAGCCAGUGAAGUGUAUUUAUGGAAAACCUGGUGGGCCAUUAUUUACUACCACAGCAUACACAACAGUACUUCAUCAUUCCCAGAAUCCUGACUUCUCCGAUGAGGUGAAAAUUGAGCUGCCCACACAACUCCAUGAGAAACAUCAUAUUUUGUUUUCAUUUUAUCACAUCACAUGCGACAUCAAUGCAAAGUCUAAUGCCAAAAAGAAGGAGGCUCUGGAGACAUCAGUUGGAUACGCUUGGCUUCCUUUGAUGAAAGGUGAUCAACUAGCAUCUAAAGAACAUAAUAUCCCAGUAGCAACUAGUCUGCCUCCUAAUUACUUAAGCCUUCAAGAUUCUGCAACAGGAAAGCACAGUGGGAGUGACUUUAAAUGGGUGGAUGGUGGGAAACCACUUUUCAAAGUAACAACAUUUGUUGUAUCAACAGUGAAUACUCAGGAUCCAUAUGUGAAUACAUUUUUUCAGCAGUGCCAAAAAAGAGAAAAAGAUAUGUCUCAACCUCCUACCUCAAGUUUUGUGCUCUCUUGUAAGAAUUUGCUGAUUGUAGAGAAGAUUCAUUCAAUCAUGAGUUUUCUUCCCAUAAUCUUGAAUCAACUCUUCAAGGUUCUGGUUCAGAACGAAGAGGAUGACAUCACCACCACUGUUACCAGGGUUCUAACUGAUAUUGUGAGUAAAUGCCAUGAGGAACAGCUAGAUCACUCCGUCAAAUCUUAUAUAAAGUAUGUGUUCAAGACUACCACAUACAAAGAGAGGACAGUCCACGAGGAACUGGCAAAGAAUACGACUGGCCUUCUGAAAUCAAAUGAUUUAACAACAAUCAAACAUGUCUUAAAGCAUUCCUGGUUCUUCUUUGACAUUAUCUUGAAGUCAAUGGCACAGCAUUUGGUUGACACAAAGAAAAUUGAGCUUCCUCGGGCUCAGAGGUUCCCUUACUCUUACCAAAGUGAGUUGGACACCCUAGUAAUGAUCAUCUCAGACCACGUGAUUUGGAAGUACAAAGAGGCUGUUGAAGAAACGAGAAGAGCAAACCACAGUGUCGCCAGAUUUCUUAAGGCAUACUUUCUUUGUAGAAAAAUUGCUGCUGCAUUCAAGUUUGUCCAGGCAACCCAAAACAAUGGGACUCUCAAAGGAUCUAACUCCUCCUGUCAGACAACAGGUCUUCUCUCACAGUGGAUGCAUACAACUUCCAGUCAUGAAGGGCAUAAGCAUCACAGAUCUCAAACCUUACCCAUAAUCCGUGGCAAAAAUGCACUUUCUAACCCCAAGCUCUUACAAAUGUUGGAUAAUACCAUCACCAGUAAUUCCAAUGAAAUAGACAUUGUGCACCAUGUAGACACGGAGGCCAAUACUGCCACUGAGGUUUGCCUCACAGUUCUGGAUCUGCUGAGCCUCUUCACCCGGGUCCACCAGCGACAACUCCAGCAAUCUGAAUGCCAGAAUUCAAUGAUGAAAAGAAUUUUUGAUACCUACCUACUCUUUUUACAAGUGAAUCAGUCGGCAAUUGCUCUGAAACAUGUUUUUGCUGCAUUGAGGUUGUUUGUAUCAAAGUUUCCAUCAGCAUUCUUUCAAGGGCAAGCUGACCUCUGUGGAUCAUUCUGCUAUGAAGUCUUAAAAUGUUGUAACCACAGGUCACGGUCAACUCAGACAGAAGCCUCUGCACUCCUUUAUUUCUUCAUGAGGAAGAAUUUUGAAUUUAACAAGCAGAAAUCAAUAGUCAGAUCCCAUUUACAACUCAUUAAGGCUGUAAGCCAGCUAAUAGCCGAUGCAGGAAUUGGAGGAUCCCGGUUUCAACAUUCCCUUGCAAUUACAAAUAAUUUUGCCAAUGGAGACAAGCAAAUGAAAAACAGUCAUUUUCCGGCAGAAGUGAAAGACCUCACAAAACGUAUCCGGACGGUCCUCAUGGCCACAGCUCAGAUGAAGGAGCACGAGAAAGACCCUGAAAUGCUGGUGGAUCUCCAGUACAGCCUGGCGAACUCCUAUGCGAGCACCCCAGAGUUACGAAGGACGUGGCUAGAAAGCAUGGCCAAGAUUCAUGCCAAAAAUGGAGACUUAUCAGAGGCUGCUAUGUGUUAUAUCCACAUAGCUGCCCUCAUCGCAGAGUACCUGAAAAGAAAGGGUUACUGGAAAAUGGAAAAGAUUUGCACCUCAGCUAUGUUCCCGGAGGAUGUUCACAUCUGUGAUAGCAAUCAGUUACUAACAACUCACAAUGGAGGAAGCAUGUUUUCUAUGGGCUGGCCUGCUUUCCUGAGCAUCACACCAAAUAUCAAAGAAGAAGGAUACAUGAAAGAAGAUUCAGGGAUGCAGGAUACACCCUAUAAUGAGAAUAUCCUGGUAGAGCAACUCUACAUGUGUGUUGAAUUUCUGUGGAAGUCCGAGAGAUAUGAACUUAUCGCCGAUGUCAACAAACCCAUCAUUGCAGUCUUUGAGAAGCAGAGAGAUUUCAAAAAACUAUCAGAUCUCUACUAUGACAUUCAUCGGUCCUAUCUGAAAGUUGCAGAAGUAGUGAAUUCCGAAAAACGGUUAUUUGGUCGCUAUUACCGCGUGGCAUUUUAUGGACAGGCUGUGGGAUUUUUUGAAGAAGAAGAAGGUAAAGAAUAUAUUUAUAAAGAACCUAAGCUGACAGGUCUAUCUGAGAUAUCCCAAAGACUCCUGAAGCUUUAUGCUGAUAAAUUUGGUGCAGACAAUGUGAAAAUAAUACAGGAUUCCAACAAGGUCAACCCCAAGGACUUGGACCCCAAAUAUGCCUACAUCCAGGUGACCUAUGUCACACCUUACUUUGAAGAGAAGGAAGUUGAAGAUCGAAAGACAGAUUUUGAAAUGCAUCACAACAUCAACCGUUUUGUUUUUGAAACACCAUUUACGCUGUCAGGCAAGAAACAUGGUGGGGUCGAGGAGCAGUGCAAGAGGAGAACAAUACUCACAACAAGCCAUCUGUUCCCCUAUGUGAAGAAAAGAAUCCAAGUCAUAAGCCAGUCAAGCACUGAACUGAAUCCCAUUGAGGUCGCCAUUGAUGAGAUGGCCAAGAAGGUUUCUGAGCUUAAUCAGCUUUGCACAAUGGAUGAAGUAGACAUGAUAAGGCUACAACUCAAACUCCAAGGGAGUGUCAGCGUGAAGGUAAAUGCAGGGCCUAUGGCUUAUGCCAGAGCUUUCCUUGAAGAAACAAAUGCAAAGAAAUAUCCUGACAACCAAGUAAAGCUUUUGAAGGAAAUUUUCAGGCAAUUUGCAGAUGCAUGUGGACAUGCCCUUGAUGUUAAUGAGCGCCUCAUUAAAGAGGACCAGCUGGAGUAUCAGGAAGAAAUGAAGUCUCAUUACAAGGACAUGCUCAGUGAACUCUCCACAAUCAUGAAUGAACAGAUUACAUACAAGGAGGACCCAUCAAAGCAAGGAUUGGAGCGAACUUAUACUCGUGUAAUUAAUAGGACGAGCAACCCACCCCAGACAACCUUGCCUUCACCCAAUACGGAGAUUUGACGCCAUCCACGCCCUUAGUCAGACCUCCACCUCUAGAGGACUUUUUGGGGUCUUUGAGCUGAUCCUGAGGGAUGCCUUGAAACUGGCGAGGGAAAGAUGGUUUUAAUUUAUUCUAAGUUGUCAUGUUGUUAAUAUAUUGUUUUUUUUACAUCGCUAGCUUGAGAAUUUUGCCAACUCCAGUAUUUGCACAUUUCCUAUUGGUUUUGUUUUGUUUUGUUUUGUUUUUUUCUUACUGAAUAAUGUUUAUGAAGCCAGGCUGGAUAUAUGCUAUAAAUUUCCAAUAGAUGUAUAGCUCAGCAGCGAGCAGGAAGUUUGCUGUGAGAAUAGAUUUAAUACCAAGUCCUAGUAUACCUAUUUUAAAGGUCAAUGUGGGUGUUUUGUAACAUUGAAGCAUAUUUCAGGUGUAAAUAGAAGAUGUGUAAAAUAUGUCAUUUUUACAAAAUUGAACAAAAGAGACUUUUUAGUUCAUACUUAUGACAGUACUAAAAUUAUAUGGAUAACCUUUGAGAUACCAGUAUAUUAAAAUAUUUGUGUAUGUGUACAAAAGUGUUGAUAAAGGCUAAUCUUUGAAGCUUGUUGAGUUCUUUUAUUGUAACAUAUGCUCUUAGAAGCAAUGAGAUAUGAAAUG